AAUUCGUAAACUUGAAAUCGUAAACUCUUGUAGUCAAAAUUGUGAAGUUCAAAACGUGAAUUCACGAAGUUGAAAUCGUGAAUUCAAGAAGUUGAAAACGUGAGUUCGUGAAGUUGAUAAUGAAUUUAUGAAGAUGAAAUCGCAAAUUCCGUAUGUUGAAAACGUAAAUUCGCGAAUUUAGAAUUGUGCAUUCACAAAGAUAAAAUCGGGAAUUCAUGACGUUGAAAUGUCCCAACUGGUCUCUCAUAUGUAUAGUAUUAAUUAUAUAAGCUUCUCACCAAAUAAUAUACAAUAUAUUGAAUUAAUAAAUGAAAAUAAGAAAUGAACGAAGUUCGAAAGUCACACUAACCCUAUGUAGUUUAUAUGUUGACAUGGAAUGUUACUUCAUCUUAAAUGACGCCUUAUUUUCUAUAAUAUUUAUCAAUUUAAAUCGAUCUGUUAUCGCCCGAGUAGAUACAUAGAUUUUAUAUAAAAAGGCACACCAUGCCAAAGUUAAUCAAAUAUCAAAGCUGGAUACCCCAUCCGAAUGAAUCUCUCUAUAAAAAGGGCAGAUUAAUUUAGAAUAUUUGCGUCUUUUCAUCGCAGCUUUCACUCGUAGCUAGGGAUUAGAAAAACAUGUUUUCCUUUUAACAAUAUCCAUUAGAGAUAAUCUUGGUAUCUUUUUUUUCAAGAACAUUAUUUGUGAAUGUAUUUCACGUUUUGUCACUUUUAUUGAUUAUUGACAAGUUUGAAUUUAUUUGGUAAAAGUAUAGGAUAUUUGUUAAUGUUGGUAAAAUGUUGUUUUAAUGACGUAUUGAUUAUUUCUCUAAAGUUUUGGAUUGGAAUACAAGGGACUGAAUGAGUCAUAAUAAGCCACGAUGGGAUGUAAAAACUCGAAAACGGUUCCCACUGAAAAUGUGGAUUACAGGAACGUCCCAGACGUGAAUGAGAACUACCCUCCUCCAUAUGUUCCAGACUCGACUAGGGCAGAACUAUACGAUGAUGAUGUUAACACAGAUAUACAGAAGAAAAUUGAUGCGAUGCCAAAAGGGACUGAUGGUAGUUACAAGACUUUGCUGGAAUACUUGUCGUCAGGGGCAACAAAAGAAACACAACAUGUAACUGCUAUAUAUUUAUGGAUGAAAGCUCAGGAUUAUAACAGCGCUGCCCUGGAUCUGGUUAAAGAAGGAGACACUCCAAGGGGAUACAUGAAAAUGAUAAAAGAACAGAGGGGUGACUUCACAACUUUCUUCACAAUUAUGUGCAGACGAUCAGGUAUUCCAUGUAACAUGAUAACAGGACUAGGCAAAGACGGAUCAUACUACAUUGGAAUGCCCGAGAACUCCAUGCAGACAAAAUGGAAUGCUGUGUAUACCGACGAGGAAUGGCAUUUAGCUCAUAUAGAAUGGGCAAUGCAAAACCGUGACAGUCCUGAUGGUGCAGAGGACCAAAAUUUCUAUUUCCUGACUGACCCGGAUGAUUUUUCUACAAUAUGUUACCCAACCGACUUCAACUGGCAGCUUUUAGAUCAGCCAAUGUCCAAGAAACAAUUUCUUAAUCUUCCUUAUUUUGGCCCGCAUUUCUUCAUGAUGAACACGUCGAUUUUAUCGCCAAAGUCUGGAAUAGCAAAAGCAGCAAAUGGCAAACUCGAUGUUGAAAUAGGAUUUCCUAAAAGACACAUGGAAAAUAUUGACGUCAGUUCUGUAACAACUUUUAUUGGAAGAUUGAAUGAAGUCAAUAAUACAGAAACGUCAUUAAACAAUUUAGAUAAAUAUGUGUUCGUAAAUAGAAAAGCUUCAAAAUUUAUUUUCGAGGUGACUUUUCCAACAGCUGGCCGAUAUUUAUUUGACGUUUAUGGAGAUUACGGUGAUAAACAAGUGAAAAAAGAUAAAAAGUCAUCCAAGAAACCAGGCAAAGGACUUCAUCGGUUAUGUCAAUUUAGGAUAAUUUCUGAAAAAGAAUUUGAAGACGGUGAUAUAGAGCCCCUGCCAGAUUCUCCCGAGAAUGGAUGGGGGCCUGGUCCACGAUGCCGGCGUCUUGGUCUAGUACCUUUAACGCAUUUUGAGAGUUGUAUUUAUAUGAAACCAGGGGAGAUAAGAGAUGUGUACUUCAGGAUGGACAAUGAUCUGGAUGUAACCUGUCAACUUACACAUAAUUUCCUCCCAGUUUAUGAACUCGUAGAACAAAUAGAAUGUACAAAAGGCGACAGUGAGGUUCAGAUUCGAGUUAGAAUCCCAGAGAUGGGUCUCUAUGCAUUAAAGAUCUACUGUAGAGAAGCCGGUUCUAAAGUAUUUGACGAGGCGUGUGUAUACCUCAUUAGACAGAGAGAAAAGGCUCGUUUACCUGAGAAACACCGUGAUAAAAUGCUCCGUAAUAGACUUGAGUACCACAUCAAGAACCAUACAACGGAAGCAGCUCUUAUAGACGCUCUAGACGUGUAUAAAUGUUACAAUGUUCCUGAUCAUGGUGAAUUUGUACAAGGACAGGACAAAUUGAAACAAUACUGGGAAAUAAAGAGAGAAUUGAGAUCAGCGAUAAAAGGACGUAACGUGAACGUUGUCAAAAAGUGGAUAGCGAGGGCAAAGAGGUCCACAUAUCAACAAGACUUGCAAGACGAUAUCAACGAAGCAGAACGACUACAGGACAACUUGAAUAAAAUGAAAGGUCACAGACACCCGAUGGCAAAGAUGGACCCUCAGACAAUUAUAGAAAUAAGGAACUACAAAAGACCGCCGAAAAUUGUUCAUGAUGUCAUGUCGUCAACAUAUUUAUUGCUAGGUGAACGUAAAGAAUAUGUGCAGGAUUGGGAAGAUAUACAAUAUUUGUUGGGUAAGCAUGGAUCAGACAAUAUACAAAAGAGAGUGGUAACAAGACGGCCGGAAGAUAUAGAUAUAGAAAUAGCUGACGAUGCGGAUUCUCUUAUUCAGCCGUAUAGUAUCGACAAAUGUAGAGAUGUGUCGAAUGGCAUAUGUUCCUUUUAUAAAUGGAAUAAACACAUGAUAAAAGAAGUGAGACAAAAGGACCAAUCAGAAAGAGAAAGAAUGGAAGAAGAAAUGCAGCAAUUGGAGGAUGAUGUCGAACUACACGACGCCAAAGACGAAUCAACCUUAUCAGAUGAUAAAAAGGGCGAACAUGUCGUUUAUAAGGGAAGGGGUGAUGUCAAUGAUUUGGAAAAAGAUGUCAAUGAUGUUAAAGAUGACCCCGGUAAUGUUAAAAGCGAGGCAACAGAUGAACAUGGCGAAAGUGAAAUCAAAAAUAGGCAUUUUAUGAGCCCAUCGAAACCACCGGAAACGAAACAAGUCUCACCCGUUGCAUACGCAGGUUGGAAACCGGCCGAUAUACAAUAAUCCAUGAAUAACUCACUAACAAAACAACACUGUGAUAUCGAGGACUACAUAGUUCAGCUGAAGCAAUAUAAAUCGUUGUGAUAUAUCUAAAACAAUGUUUAUUUAAAAGUUUAUUAAUUUGUACUUGACAUUUGAGAGUAUAGAUUACAAUUUGCCUGUAGUCAUUAUAUAUAUACUUCAAUAUACUUAAAUAGAUAUUUUUCUUGAAAUACGUAGCUUUUAUUCUUCGAAGUUGUUAUUUUCUUAAAUUUGUUAAAUUAUUAAAAAAUUUAUU